CUCUACCGACGCUGACACGCGGGACAAGCCCGACUCAAAGCAUACACGACACGACUGGGGCUCAUCGCCUCCCCCGCCCACUCCAAAUCCCCGCCACAGGCGCACCACCAUGCGUCCGCUUCCUCUCCUCAUCCUCGGCGCUCUUGUGGCAAGUGCGGUUCCCAUCCCCUCUUCUCCCCGUGGCCCAUCCAAGUCUCUAGACGAACGUCAGGUCCAAGUGGCUACUGACCCGAGCAAGACUGGCGGCAAGUCGAAGGACGACGGGAGGGUGGCGGACGGCGGAAAGGGCGCAGCGGUCAAAGACGGCAAGACCGGCGGUGCGACAAAAGAAGGCAAGCCCAAACCAGACGAUGGCGCCGUCUAUGUCGCUCCCAACCCCAGUAAGGACGCCACCAAAGAGGGAAAACCCAAGCCAAACGACAGUGCCGUCCAUGUCGCCGAUGAUCCCCAAAAGGGCGGCACCAACGGCAAGCCGAAGCCCAACGGUGGCGUCUACAUUGCCACUGAUCCAGACAAGGGCACGGGCGGCAAGGGGAACCAGGCUGGCGGCGGAGCUACGAAGGAGGGCAAACCGAAACCCAACUCGGUCACUGUUGCCGACGACCCCGACAAGGGAGCAGGGACCAAGGGCAGCGAGGCCGGCGGUGGUGCCACCAAGGAGGGCAAGCCCAAGCCUGGUCCGAUCUCCGUCGCAGCCGACCCCAACAAGGGCGGCGCAACGAAGGGCAAGGGGGACACCGGUGGCGGUGCCACGAAAGAAGGCGACAACUCGGACGGUGUGACCGUCGCCGCUGACCCAGCCAAGGGGGGUGGCAAGGCCGGUGGUGGUGGGACGAAGGAGGGAAACCAGUCCGGGGGUGUUACUGUCGUCCCCGAUCCUGUCAAGGGCAACCCGACCAAAGGCAAGGGGGACAGCAAGACUGCUGGUGGCGGGAUGACUGUCGCCCAGGAUCCUAGCAAGGGAGGCGCGGGGAAGGGUGGCUACCGCCCAGUUGGCGGCGAGACUAAGGAGGGCAACAACGAGGGCGGCGUCACUGUUGCACCCGACCCCAACAAGGGCGGCAUGGGCAAGGGCAAGGACGACAACAAGACCGGUGGGGGCACCAAGGAGGGCAACCAGUCCGGCGGCGUCACCGUUGUUCCGGACCCGAGCAAGGGUGGCAUGAGCAAGGGCAAAGGCGACAGCAAGACCGGCGGCGCUACCAAAGAGGGCGACAACAACCCCGGUGGUGUGCAGGUUGCGGUGGAUCCCAGCAAGGGCGGCAUGUCCCAAGGCAAAGACGACACCAAGGACGGCGGAGCCACUAAGGAGGGGAAACCCAACAGCGGGGCUGUCGCCGUGGUACCCGACCCCAACAAGGGAGAUCAGAGCAAGGGCGGCAAUGACGGCAAGGACGGCACGGGCGGCGUCCGCGUCGGCCCCAACGGCCAGGUUGACGGCACGGGCGGCGUCCGCGUCGGCCCCAACGGCCAGGUUGUGGCCGGCGAUGGUCAGAAGCAGGGCGGUGGGAGCAAGGACGGCAAGACAGGCGACCGCGUCGGACCCAACGGCAUUAUUGUAGGAAACGAUGGGCAGAAGCAGGGCGGGGCGAGCAAGGACGGCAAAGAGGGCGACCGCGUCGGACCCGACGGCAUUAUUGUAGGAAACGAUGGGCAGAAGCAGGGCGGGGCGAGCAAGGACGGCAAAGACGGCAAGGGCAGCAAAGAGGGCGACCGGGUGGGCCCCAACGGCCAAGUCGUGACGGGCACCGAGCAGAAACAGGGCGGGGGGGCCGACAAGGGCCAAGGCGGCGACCGCGCAGGAGCGUACGGGACGUACAAGCCGCAGCCGACGGGUGUGCGCGUCAACACGUUCGCGGAGGGCAGCACGUACACGGGCGCGGACGGGCGGAUGCGCGUCAAAGUGCCCAUGGCGAACGGGCGCGUUCUCGGCUUCGUGCCCUACAACAAGCACUUGCCUGGCCACGGGGGCUUCUCGCACGGAGGCGGUUAG